AUGAAAGGCCUAACCAAGGCGAUCAAACGAACACCACAUUUCGUGACGUCAAAAACAGGCUUCUCGAAGACAUCCUCCGAUCCCGAGUUCGAUGACCUCAAUCCCACAGAGAAGCUUUUGAAAGAUACCAAAGCCUUCACGGAGGCAGUUAAAGCCCUCUUUACUUCUGCAAAUGCCUUCGCAAACCACUUUAAUUUCCUCUUCUCUCCGAUUUCGGGCGAACUCAGCCUCGCGAGCAAGCACCCCUCCGCAACGGACACGAUCAACAACACACCCGAUUAUGCCAAGUACAUGGAUGAACUUCGCACGACCCUAUCUCCAGAACUUGAGUUAAUUGACAGUCGCGUCGUCGGUCCCCUGAAGGAAUUCCAGGGCGUGCUCAAGAUCAUUCGCAAGACAAUUACCAAGCGCGAUCACAAGCUUGUCGACUACGACAGGUUCAAUAACUCACUCACCAAGCUCAGGGACAAGAAGGAAAAAAGCUUGAGUGAUGAGAAGAACUUGUUCAAGCUGGAGCAGGACUAUGAAGUUGCCACGAACGAGUAUGAUUAUAUCAACAAUACUCUCAAACAAGACCUCCCAAGGUUCAUGCAACUUGCGACUCAUUUCAUCGAUCCUCUUUUCCACUCGUUUUAUUACAUGCAGCUUAACAUCUAUUAUCUCUUUCUCGAGAAAUUGAACACAUUUGCUGAGGGUAGAUACGAUGUCAGCACCGUCCCUGGGUCCCAAAUCCAGUCGGAAUACGAAAACAAGCGGACGGACGCGUGGAGCCAGAUUGAAGAUCUUAAUAUUACGAAGAGAAUUAUCUCUACCUGUGCGUCGGCGUGCCUCGUGCAAGCGAAUCGAUCUACGCCGACCUCAUCCCUUGGUCGCGCUCCUAGCGUGAUGACCACAUCCAGCACAGCCAGCGCAGCUGCUCGCAGCAUGCCAUCAUCGUCACAUCCGGCACUUCCCCCAUCAUAUGUCAAGAAGGCACCUCCGCCGCCACCUGGCCAGCAAGCCGCUCCUCCACCGCCAUACACACCUUCCUCAUCUGUCACUAGCAAUGGUGCUAGCACUGCAGCAGCAACGAAGCGACCUCCACCGCCGCCACCACUGAAACCGAAACCCAAGCCAGAGCCCGAGUAUGUUACUGCCUUGUAUGAUUUUGAUGCGCAGGCGGAGGGUGAUCUGUCGUUCAAGACCGGCGAUCGCAUCGAAGUCAUUGCCAAGACAGAAAGUCAGGAAGAUUGGUGGACUGGUCGCCUCAAUGGCGCGCAGGGUGUCUUUCCUGGCAAUUAUGUGCAGUGA